GAGAAGAUCCAGCACUACGCCUCUAUGCCAUGGAGCUCAGAAAUGCCCUAUAAGACGCAUAUAUCAAAAAAACCAAAAGAAUUAGAAGCAAAAGACCACAAAGAGCAACUAGAAGACAAACAUCUACUAUCUAUAUACUCAGACGCCUCAUCUACAACAAAAGGCAAAGGUAUAGGAGUAGGAGUCGCAUUCUACAAAGGAGCCACCCGUAUAGCCCAACAAAAAGUUAAUAUAGGCUAUAACCAGCUAGUCUAUAAUGGAGAGCUAGAAGGGAUCACACUAGGCUUAGAGAAAGCUAUUGACCUAGUAGACGACUGUCUAGAAGUUAGAGUGUACGCAGACAACCAAGCUGCUAUACUUAGGCUAAAAACUGCUUCUAACAACCCUAGACAAGAGUGGCAGAUUAGAUGUAUAAAAGCAGCAGAGAAACUACGAGAAAUUAGGCUAUCACCUACAAUAUACUGGGUACCAGGCCACCAAGAUAUUAUUAGGAACGAGAGAGCAGAUACACUAGCUAAGGAGGCAACAAAGCUAGAUCCUAGCUCUACUAGAACAAGCCUAGCUGUAAUAGGCACACGAGUAAAACAGCUAGGCCAAAGAGAAUGGCUUACAUUACUUGAACAAUAUAAAAAGAAGGCUAUUAAGCGUAACUCUAAUACGUACGCUGCAAAGUAUAAGUGGAAGAUUAGAAAGCAAAUAGCUAUUCCCUCUACUAGUAGAGAAGUGUCUAGCGCCUUCUAUUAA